ACAGCUGGGAGUUGUAGUCCCCGCGCUACGGCCAACGCCCACUCCAGCCAUGCAAGCGACGGCGGCGGCAGAGCGCAACAAGGGCCCGAUCCUGGAGGUACUGCGGCAGUACGUGGGAUCCGGCACCCACGCGGGAUCCGGCGUCUUGAGGGUGCUAGAGGUGGGGGCGGGUGCGGGACUCCACGCCGCGUACUUUGCCCGGGCGCUGCCGCAGACCCGCUGGCAGCCCUCCGACAUCGAGCCCCGGGCGCUGCGCAGCAUCGCUGCCUACGCGGAGGCCAUGCAGGUGCCCAACGUGCUGCCCCCCAUCCUGCUGGACGUCUCGCAGGGCUGGGAGACGUGGGGGGGCACCCAACCCGCCACCCUCGACCUCCUCGUCAGCAUCAACAUGAUGCACAUCGCGGAGCUGCGUUGCACCGAGGGCCUGUUCAAGGGUGCUGGGGUGCUACUGAAGCCUGGAGGAGUGCUCUUCACCUAUGGGCCCUACGCCGUGGAUGGCCGGAUCAGCCCCCAGAGCAACGUGGACUUUGACCGCAGCCUGAGGCAGAGCAAUCCCGCCUGGGGCCUUCGGGACACGGCACUGCUGCGGCAGCUGGCCGAGGCCAACGGGCUGCGUCUGGAGAGGAUGGUCGACAUGCCAGCCAACAACAAGAGUCUCAUCUUCCGCAAGCAGUAACCUGCCCCGACGGCACCUCCCGGCACGGCUGCCCCCCCCCAUUAAUGCCUCCUCGAGGGGUCACACUGUCCCCGCGCUGGUGCCAGCUGGGGCUGGGACAGCAGUGAUGGGACAGUGCCCCACUCACCCCAGCUGGGGCUGGGCUUGGCUGGCGGGCUGGGAUGGGGCGGGGGGGGUGUCUGUCUCCCCCAGCCCCUUUGGGGCUCCCUUUGCAAUGGGGUGCCCCAGCCUGGCCCAGAGAAGCCACCGCAGCUGCCAUGGGGGGCAUAGGUAUGGCGGGGGGGCACAGCACCCCCGGGCAUGGGAGAGACUUCUUGCUUGGUGCCAGUUUCCCUGGAGGAUGCUGUGCCAAUGGCGGGGGGACCCAUCUCCCUUCCCCCCUGCCCUGGGACUGUGCUGCUGCUCUCCCCAAUA